CGGUUUCGUCGUUCGUUGCCCAGAUCUGAAAAAGCGCAAUCGCGCGACGGACGGCAAUGGCGACUGCAUUCCUUGUCGUGAUGUUGCUCCCGACGGUGGCAGCGACACGCGUGUACGUGUCGUCCUUGGAAUAUCAGGACGUGAACGACUCGUCUGGAUAUCGCUUUUCGUCGGCGUUCCUCUUCCUGUGUCUGUUCCUCUUUGGAUUCCUCUGCACGCAGCCUUCAAUGAAAACGACGAUGAGCACGUCGUCUGUAAAAUUGACCCCGCCAUCGAUGGGCCCCUAUGUGAGUAUGGUGCAUGCAAAGUGUCAACAGCGGCGAAAGCUGCACCACACACUCACCAUCAUUCCAUCAGAGGUCUCGAACGAAAUCUUGAGCUACCUGGAUGCUCAAAGCCUCGCCGCAGCCUCCGUCGUGUGCUCGUCCUGGCAUGAGUUGACGGGCGAAUCGAACGCUGUGCUGUGGAAACUCGUUUUUCGUCGCGACAUGCAUGAAGACGGUCGCCGGUUCCACGCGCCAUGUGGGUUGAGUUGGCGCAAGUACUAUUUUACACAUCGCAUUACACGUCCAUUGGAACGUUUGCGUUUUCUCGCUGCUCAGGGCCAGCCGAACUGCAUCGUAGUAAACGGCCGUGUGUACGACAUUGGCGCGUUCCUGUACUUGCAUCCAGGUGGCCAUCGCGUGCUUGCCGACGUGAUUGGGACAGACGCUACGGACACGUGGUUCCAGUUCGACCACUCGAGCGGCGCCCAAGACCACAUGAAGGAGCUUGAAGUUCCUGAUCUAUUCUCAACGCCAUGGCAAGGCACCGUCGCGGGCGUCUUCUCCGCGCGGCAAAGCGUAUGGAUACGCAUGACUCGACGCGUGUUCGGUCAUGCAAGCGACCUCUCUGCGUUGUUGAAUCAAUUCCGGCAACGAAUCGUCACGUAAGUUAAGCCACAAUGAUACGUCGAAGCCUUGCGUCUUGGCGACUGGAGCAGGACACGCUCGUGUCCCACUUGCGAGCUUUCACAGGUGGCCACGAAUUGUGUGCCAGCGUGAUACUGGGUCGAUGUCG